ACCUCACCUCUUCCCUCCUUGUGUGCAAUAAUUCCAGUUCCCCCCUUCUUCUUUUCUCUUCUCCUUCUUCCUAGAUAUUUCUUUUUCAACACCUUUCCGCUCCUUCAGCUGGCUGCAUAGCUCCAGCUUCAUUUUGACUUUUCUUUCCUCCACCCCAUAAUUGUUUUGGUGACACGGGAGGUCGAUAGCCACCAUGAGCGGACUUCGAUUUCUUGAUCUAAUCAAGCCCUUCACGCCCCUCCUGCCGGAGGUGGCAGCUCCUGAGACCAAGGUGCCCUUCAACCAGAAGUUGAUGUGGACGGGGUUGACGUUGUUGAUCUUCUUGGUCAUGAGUCAGAUGCCUCUUUACGGCAUUGUCUCAUCCGACACUUCGGAUCCCCUGUACUGGCUGCGUAUGAUGCUGGCCAGUAACCGUGGUACCCUGAUGGAGCUGGGUAUCACCCCUAUCAUCUCCUCCGGCAUGGUUUUCCAGCUCCUCGCUGGUACCCACCUCAUCGAUGUCAACCUUGACCUCAAGACCGAUCGCGAACUUUACCAGACCGCCCAGAAGCUUUUCGCCAUCAUCCUCUCCUUCGGCCAGGCUUGUGUCUACGUGCUGACUGGUCUCUACGGCCAGCCCAGUGACCUUGGUGCCGGUAUCUGCGUUCUGCUGAUCGUUCAGCUCGUUGUCGCAGGUCUGGUUGUCAUCCUCCUGGAUGAGCUGCUCCAGAAGGGAUACGGUCUUGGAAGCGGUAUCUCGCUCUUCAUUGCCACCAACAUCUGCGAGUCCAUCGUCUGGAAGGCCUUCUCUCCCACUACUAUCAAUACUGGCCGUGGCCCCGAGUUUGAGGGUGCCAUCAUUGCUCUCUUCCACUUGCUCUUGACCUGGCCCGACAAGCAGCGUGCUCUGCGCGAAGCUUUCUACCGUCAGAACCUGCCUAACGUCAUGAACCUGCUCGCUACUCUUCUCGUCUUCGCUGCUGUCAUCUACCUGCAGGGCUUCCGUGUGGAGAUCCCCGUCAAGUCCUCCCGUCAGCGUGGCAUGCGUGGCUCCUACCCCGUCCGCCUGUUCUACACCUCCAACAUGCCCAUCAUGCUGCAGUCCGCUCUGUGCUCCAACAUCUUCCUCGUCAGCCAGAUGCUGUACUCUCGUUUCUCCGACAACCUCCUCGUCAGACUCCUCGGUGUCUGGGAGCCCCGUGAUGGCUCUGCCCAGCUUCACGCUGCUUCUGGUAUCGCUUACUACAUGUCCCCUCCCCUCAACUUCAAGGAGGCUCUCCUUGAUCCCAUUCACACGGCUGUGUACAUUGCAUUCAUGCUGGUUGCCUGCGCUCUCUUCUCCAAGACCUGGAUCGAGGUCUCUGGCUCUGCUCCUCGCGAUGUCGCUAAGCAGCUGAAGGACCAGGGUCUUGUGAUGGCCGGCCACCGUGAGCAGAGCAUGUACAAGGAGCUCAAGAGAAUCAUUCCUACGGCUGCUGCUUUUGGCGGUGCCUGCAUUGGUGCGCUCUCCGUCACUUCUGACCUGCUUGGUGCCCUUGGCAGCGGCACUGGUAUCCUCCUUGCCGUGACUAUCAUCUACGGCUACUUUGAAAUUGCCGCUCGUGAAGGCGAUAUCGGAUCAGGCCUCAAGGGCCUUGUCCCCGGUAACUAAGCAGGGGACGCCUUGAUGAGUAUGAGAAAGGAAUCUGAAUUUUUUAUCGAGUUUCCUUUGAUUCUUCCUCGUUGAUUUCUGGAUGGAUGCGCUGUUGUGGCUGGAAUCUACGACGGAAAUAUCAGGAAUUUGCAUGGAUGAUUGUAUUACUGUCAGAGUUGGGAGUUCUUGCAUGCUGGGAAUUUUUCCGUCAAAAAGAGAGCCACAACUGUAUAUAGCGUUCCAUUCAGUUUGUAACCAUAUUUAGAAAACAAAAGAUUUCGAAUCACAC